AUGGGAGGGCUCUUUGCCAAAUUAGCGAAAGCUAUUGCAGGCUUUGUCAUAAACGUCCUGUGCUCUUUCUCGUUUCAUCGUCAACGCCGCUCCCAUGUGCCCACUGGGGACCCUUACUUUCCGUCCCUCUCCGUCACGGAACCAAAAGAGUGGUGUGUGGGCAUGGAGUUUCCGUCUGAAUGGGUCCUAUCUGAAGCAAACAAACUCUGUGAGUGA